GCCCCGUUCAUUCUUCUUUCGGCAGUCAGUCGGUGCGGUUGCAGUCUCUUUUUUCGCUUGGCUUAGAGAUUCAUCAAACUUGAAGUAAAUUCGCAAACUUUUGUGAAGUUUAAAAUUCGAUUUGUUUUUUGUGUAAUCCGCUUAACAACAAAAAGCCUACAAAAUGUGUGACGAAGAAGUUGCUGCAUUGGUUGUCGACAACGGCUCUGGCAUGUGCAAGGCUGGUUUCGCUGGCGAUGAUGCGCCCCGUGCCGUCUUCCCAUCGAUUGUUGGUCGCCCACGUCAUCAGGGCGUGAUGGUCGGCAUGGGACAGAAGGAUUCGUAUGUCGGUGAUGAGGCACAGAGCAAACGUGGUAUCUUGACCCUCAAGUAUCCCAUUGAGCACGGUAUUGUGACCAACUGGGAUGAUAUGGAAAAGAUCUGGCAUCAUACCUUCUACAAUGAGCUGCGUGUGGCACCCGAGGAGCACCCCGUGUUGCUGACCGAAGCCCCGCUGAACCCCAAGGCUAAUCGCGAAAAGAUGACACAGAUCAUGUUCGAGACCUUUAACACACCCGCCAUGUAUGUGGCCAUUCAGGCUGUGCUCUCGCUGUAUGCCUCUGGUCGUACCACUGGUAUCGUGUUGGAUUCUGGUGAUGGUGUUUCCCACACCGUACCCAUCUAUGAGGGUUAUGCCCUGCCACACGCCAUCCUGCGUCUGGAUUUGGCCGGUCGCGAUUUGACCGACUAUCUGAUGAAGAUCUUGACUGAGCGUGGUUAUUCCUUCACCACCACUGCCGAGCGCGAAAUUGUCCGCGACAUCAAGGAGAAGCUGUGCUAUGUGGCGCUCGAUUUCGAGCAGGAGAUGGCCACAGCCGCCUCUAGCUCGUCUCUGGAGAAAUCCUAUGAAUUGCCCGAUGGUCAGGUGAUCACCAUUGGCAAUGAGCGUUUCCGUUGCCCCGAGGCUCUGUUCCAGCCUUCAUUCUUGGGUAUGGAAGCCUGCGGCAUCCACGAGACCACAUACAAUUCGAUCAUGAAGUGCGAUGUGGAUAUCCGUAAGGAUCUGUAUGCCAACACUGUGCUGUCUGGUGGCACCACCAUGUACCCAGGUAUUGCCGACCGCAUGCAGAAGGAGAUCACUGCCCUGGCUCCAUCGACCAUGAAGAUCAAGAUCAUUGCUCCACCAGAGCGUAAAUACUCUGUCUGGAUCGGUGGCUCCAUUCUGGCUUCCCUGUCCACCUUCCAGCAGAUGUGGAUCUCCAAGCAGGAAUACGAUGAGUCUGGUCCCUCCAUUGUGCACCGCAAGUGCUUCUAAACGACUCACAUCAUCGUCCCAUUGCUGGAAGAGGAGUAUCAGGAGGAAGAGGAGGCGUAGAUGUAGAAGUAGAAGGAGUAGCAGCAGAAGUGCGAGUGGCAGAGUUCAUUUGGGCGUUGAAGUGCAGCACAACAUCAAUAAGAAGAGCAACAGCGAAAGCUACAGUUAUUAUUAUCAUCAUAUUAUCAUUGUUAGCAUUCACACAUCUUCGUCGAAUGCUGCGUCGUGUUGUGUUCUAGCAUUAACUUAAUUUAUUCCACAUGAGAUAUAUAUGUAAUUUUUUUUUUGUUUUUUUAUACCUUUAAUUAUAACAAGAAAAAUGAAAUUUAAAAGAACAUCAACAUCUGCCAUUCCGCGUUGGCGUUUGCCACACACACACACACCACAUGCAAAACACUCGCUACUUCAGCAGCAUGACAACACCCAAUACCAACAACAACAAAUAUAAGAACCCUUCAAAAACAGUAAAAGCGUUAAAAGACACACCUAACAAACACAAAACGGCAAAACAAAACAUCAGAGUUUUGUAAUACUUCAAAGUAAACCUUAUGUAUUAUUUUUAAUUAUGAUGUAAUUAUAAACAAGUGAGAAAAACAAAAAUAUGAAGAAAAACUUAAAAAAAAAA